AUGUCACCAGGAGAUGUCGCCAAGACACGGAGCAACCUCCCGAACCCAACCGAUGUGUUAAGGGCUUACCUUGAGCCUUCCACCAAGGAAUGGGUUAUCAAAAUCCUGAAACAGCUGGACCAGCCAACUCUCAUUCCAGUAACUCGACAAGACAACCAAGCGACUACGACUUCAAUCGCGAACACCUCUAUGGACCAUGUCCGCUUUAUGCUGGUACACGCGAUGCAGGUUCUUAUGUUUGUCCCCAUGCACCGAGGGAGUGUGAACUGGACCGACAACUACACUCGUCGAUUCCCGUCUCAACUUGCUGGCGGUUACCAAGUCACCUCCAUUUUGGGAAGGUAUUCCAUGGAAGACCUCAAUCGGGCCAUUGUGUCUUGUUUCCAGUUUCUCACACGACGUGAUGGAACUCGUGACCUUUUCAGCCGCGCCCCUGGUGUCCGGACCAACUACAAGUGGUACGGUUAUGCAGACCCGAAAUUUCGGAUUGACGAAGCUGCCCCGGAAGGUGUCGGCAGGACCAUCGACACUCUUUCUGGCGCCAAUCUCGAAUAUCGAACGGCGAAACGGGUUCGACAGCAGGACAUGAAGGAAAGACAGCGUAACCUUGAAGCGACCAACGAGAAUCUGGUUGACUAUGGUCAUGAACCAGAGGAGACACCUGAGGAGCUCCAGCCGCUCAGUGGGGAUGACGCCCUUGAAGUUCAUGUCUAG